AGAAAACAAAUGCUCCCGCCCGCGUGUUUGUGGGUGUGUGAGUGCGCGGCGGGUGUCCAUGUGUUCGUGAGUGUGCGUGUGUGUACGAGUGGAAGUGGAAAGUUGUGAUUAACUGCAGUCGCUCUCCGGCGGUCCAAAAAAAUAAUCAUUCAACAGUAGUGUUUAAUGAACGGCCAGCAGAAAACGCGAUCGCUCAACUCCUCCACUGUAUCUGUUGUUGUUGUUUUUUUUGUUUUUAUCAAGGAGAGGCGCCGCAACCAAUAAAACCAACACACCCAGAAAGGCAACCAAGUCGUGUCAUCAGUGGAAGAGGAAAUACAGCAGCAGCAGCGGCAGUGGGAGAAGCAGUGGUUUUCCAGCUCCAAAAAGAGUCCUUAAAACAUGGACAGCAAGGGUCGCAAUGUAAUCGUCUGUGAUAACGGCACAGGGUUCGUGAAGUGCGGAUAUGCCGGCAGCAAUUUUCCCACCUUCAUUUUCCCCUCGAUGGUGGGACGCCCCAUGAUCCGGGCGGUCAACAAAAUCGGCGAUAUCGAAGUCAAGGAUCUGAUGGUCGGGGACGAGGCGUCACAGCUGCGGUCCCUGCUAGAGGUCUCCUAUCCCAUGGAGAACGGCGUGGUGCGCAACUGGGACGACAUGUGCCACGUGUGGGACUACACGUUCGGGCCCAAGAAGAUGGACAUUGAUCCCACAAACACAAAAAUUCUGCUGACCGAGCCGCCCAUGAAUCCCACAAAGAACCGAGAGAAAAUGAUCGAGGUGAUGUUCGAGAAAUACGGCUUUGAUUCCACAUACAUUGCCAUCCAGGCUGUGCUGACGCUAUAUGCCCAGGGUCUGAUCUCGGGUGUUGUGAUCGACUCGGGCGAUGGUGUAACGCAUAUAUGUCCCGUGUACGAGGAGUUUGCCUUGCCCCAUUUGACGCGGCGACUGGACAUUGCUGGUCGCGAUAUCACACGUUAUUUGAUUAAGUUACUGUUACUACGUGGCUACGCUUUCAAUCAUUCCGCUGACUUCGAAACGGUGCGCAUCAUGAAGGAGAAGCUCUGCUACAUCGGCUACGACAUCGAAAUGGAGCAGCGAUUGGCCCUGGAGACGACGGUGUUGGUGGAGUCCUACACUCUACCCGAUGGCCGGGUUAUCAAGGUCGGCGGAGAGCGAUUCGAGGCGCCGGAAGCCCUGUUCCAGCCGCAUUUAAUCAACGUGGAAGGUCCGGGAAUUGCGGAACUGGCUUUCAACACGAUCCAGGCAGCCGACAUCGACAUCCGGCCCGAACUUUACAAGCACAUAGUCCUGUCCGGCGGUUCCACCAUGUAUCCGGGUCUUCCCAGUCGGCUGGAGCGGGAGAUCAAACAGCUGUAUUUGGAGCGGGUACUCAAGAACGAUACGGAAAAGCUGGCGAAAUUCAAAAUACGAAUUGAGGAUCCGCCGAGGCGCAAGGACAUGGUCUUCAUCGGCGGUGCUGUCCUGGCGGAGGUGACGAAGGACCGCGACGGAUUCUGGAUGUCCAAGCAGGAGUACCAGGAACAGGGCCUCAAAGUAUUGCAAAAGCUCCAAAAGAUCAGUAACUAGAGUUGAAGACUUGUGAGAACGAGUGCAAGGACUACUGGAGUGGGAUGAGUUGAUAAGACCCCGGAAAUUGGGAUGAACAAUUGUAUAAAUUUGUUUUGGCUAGUUCGUAUAAGUUAAAAAUUUUCAGUUUUGCGUGAUGUAUCUGUCUUUAUGUGUGUUUUUGUGUGCCUGCGUGAGUAGGCGUGUCUGUUGAGCAGGAUUGGUCCACUUGUCCUUAGAUUCCCAUAAAUCGCAUAACCGCAAUGAAUUGUAAUAUUUUUUUUCGCCGCGAGGCCAGCGCCUAAUGUCGCCUAAAUUGUGUAACCCUAAAUUAGUAUGUUUAAUUGAUUAUGAUUACGCCCAAAGCCCUCUUGUUUUUCUAAAUAUAUAAAUAAAUUCCCCAUAUCGAUAUUUUUGUAACCGCAUAAUGUUUCAUUUCGAGCGAGUAUUUCACAUUUAGUAUUUACUAGGCCAAGUCUGCCAGUAGCAGCGAUUAUAAAUCGUGUGUGUAUGAGACAGAGAAGGAAAUAGGGCAAGGCAAGAAAGUUGCACAGCAUAGAAGGAGAGCGCGAGAGUUGGAGUUGUCUUGCUUUCGUUAAACUAAAUUAACUAGAUAACUAGAUACACUGAUUUAACCGCCUUUCCCUGCCUGCCACCUAACCUUAAUUUAAGUAUUUAUGGGUUAUCUCUAACUAGACAAAGAUAAACCAAGUCGGUCAGCCCCAAGUUCUUGCAUUUAUGUUGCCCAAUAACCGAAAGUAUUAUCAACCGAAGUGUUUCAUUUGAUUUAUUUUCCCCCAUCUGCCUUUUCUAGUUAGUUGCAAUUUGAUGAUUGUUGGGGCAAACCGGACGCUACACAUGCGUUACUAUCGGUGCAUAUAUAAUAUAUAUAUAUAUGAUCAAAAUAUAUUUAUAUGUUUAAUGAAUGUGUAAUGCCAAUUAUAUAAGUAACUGCAAUAAACAUAAUUAUGUAUGAUGUA